AUGGAACCGGAGCCGACCCUUGCCGCUCUCCUCAAGGCUAUCACAGCCCUCACAGCCACAGUCAGGUCCUUGCAGGACAAAAUCAAUUCACAAGGCGAGCAAAUCACACAGCUCACCGCCAUAUGCAAGGAAACCAACGACCUCGUUGGUGACAAGGACCAGGGCGGAGCCCAAACCAAGCCUGGCCCAUCGACUGGGCCUGUCACCCCUCCUACCCACUCAGGAGGGGAAACCCACACUCCAGGCACGAUUAGACCUGGGCUCAAGGCCCCUUCCGCCCUUCAAGGGGUACAGGGUUUGACUCUGAGGAGGAAGAAGAACCAAGUGCUCCCAAAAAAGAGCCUCAAGGAACGCCUAGAAGGCACCUGGGGUCCCUCACCCCCUUCGAUGCAGGGGGACGAAAGGCCACUCAGUGGCUUGACGGAUGAUGCUCGAGCGGCCGCCAGAAAAAUAGCCGCGCUCUCCCAAGUCACCACGACCGCUGAGUAUGUAACGGAGUUCCGCAACCUCAUGGCGGAGCUCGACUGGAACGAGGAAGCCUACAUCGCGCAGUUCACGCAAGGCCUCCACUGGAAAGUCAAGGAAUUGCUGUCAACCAAGGAUAGCGUUCCCAACAAACUCGAGGCGAUUUUCGCGGCCUCCAUAAAAAUUGAAACAUCCGCCGCAAAAACGAGGAGAACCGCCCCAAGAAGGCGCCUGCCAAAUCCCGGCCACCAUGGCCACUACUUCCACCACCACUACUCAACGGGUCCGUCUAUCAGAAGACCCCAAUUACGUCACCCCGGAAGAAAGGGAUCGCUGCGCGCGUCUGGCCUCUGUGUCAAGUGCGGCCAAAAGGGACAUGGAAUCAAGCAAUGUCCCAACGGAUGGAAAGCCACAGUCAAAGAAGUGGCUAAGGUUGCCGAGGACGUUGAGUCGGGAAAAGAUUGA